AUGCCCGGCCUGGUGCGCAAGCUCCUCAUCUUUGCGGCUGUGGAUGGCCUUAUUCUACAGCCAGCCCCACCCAGGAAUCAUACUCCUACAACACAGCAGGCUAUAAAGAUCGACUACAGGGGCAACGUGAAGCCACUUCUGAAAGAUAGAAGAGAGGAAGACACCGCUCCAGUGGCGCUGGAAGCGCAUGGCAUCAUAGGAUUACUGAAGGUUGCAACUUCCUUUUUCCUGAUCUCAAUCAGUGGCCGGGAGCCAGUUGCUCAGAUAUGCGGAAAUUCCAUUUUCAAGAUCACCGACGUAGCGCUCAUCCCCCUCUCUUCACAGAGCGAUGCGCAGCUAGCCCUCACAGCUGCCAGAGAACACGUACAAAGGCACAUAAAGACUCCUUCAGAAGAUGAAGAUGCCUCGGAAAGCGAAACGGAUGAUAACGAUACCCUAAGCGUGACAGACUCAAUCGUAGAUGCUGGGCCUGACACUACACUAGAACAAGUCAAGGACCCCGUGACGGAACAAAAGGCGCCAGUGGAGAGGAAAACGAGUGUUGCAGAAGAUGUGAUACAGAAGAAGGGAGUAUAUGGUCGGUUUGCGGAACGGUGGUUCUCCAAGAAAGGAUGGAGUACGGAAAGCCGGCGAGUGCAAGGACUGAGCUCCGAAGAAGAUCUCGCGACAACAAAUAACCAGAUAGGAGUAGAAUCCUCGGUUCCAGAGGAAUCAACCCGCUCUGUAACUGAUUCGAAUGAUAACGGGAUACCUACAAGCGGCGAAAACGAACGGGAAGCCGUCAGUCCUGAGGAGAUUCCGAAGGCCUUGGAAGGGCAGAAAGAUUCUACCACGAUGGCUCUUUUGCCCAAGAUACUGCGGACGACAAAGUUGUACUUUGGAUCCGGAAAUUUCUUCUUCUCUUAUGACUACGAUCUAUCACGGGGUAUUGGGCAACAGCAGGCAGACUCUAACCUACCCUUGUUCUUACAAUCAGAUCCUUUGUAUUUUUGGAACCAGCACAUCCUGUCACCAUUUAUCGAUGCCGGCCAACAUAACUUUGUGCUCCCUGUGAUCCAGGGGUUCGUUGGACAACGUGCAUUCAGCAUUAAACCUCCAGAAAGUGGCUCGAGCAGUGCCAUAAUAGAUCCAGCGUCCACGGCAGAUGACAUCCAGCUCCAAUCGUGGCGGGAGCAGAUUAGUGAUUCCAACUCGGAUUCGGGUCGUCCCGACCCGAAAGUCGGAUCAAGCAGCGGCAAAGACUUCUUACUGACUUUGAUUUCGCGCCGUUCUGUAAAACGGGCAGGUUUGCGCUAUCUUCGUCGGGGGGUGGAUGACGAAGGUAAUGCCGCCAAUAGCGUCGAGACAGAACAGAUACUCUCUCCAGCAACAUGGGAGACAUCACGAGAUAAGAUCUUCUCGUUCACACAAUAUCGAGGCUCGAUACCACUCUUCUUCUCACAGUCGCCUUACAGUCUCAAGCCUCAAGUGAAUACUUGGGGCACCACUGAGACCAAUGCGAAAGCUUUCAAGCGUCAUUUUACUGAUCUUGGCGCUAGAUACGGAUCAAUUUAUUGCGCAUCUCUGGUGGACAAACAUGGCACAGAGGCGAAGAUCGGCGAGGCGUAUGAGCAACACGUCAAGUCGCUGAAUCGUGAUGGGGGAUUGGAUGGACAGGGGAAAGAGCUUGGUUUUGAAUGGUUUGACUUCCACUAUGUUUGCCGUGGCAUGCGCUUUGAGAAUGUCGCAAGGUUGAUGGCUACUCUGGGCCCGUUCUUGAAGUCGACCGGCUGGACCGAGAUAUCUGACGAUGCGAUCGUCAAAACACAAACUGGAAUCCUGCGGACGAACUGUAUGGACUGUCUUGACAGGACGAAUGUGGUCCAAUCUGCAUGUGCGAGAACCGCGCUGGAAGCUCAACUCUCUGAAGAAGGCUUUCAUAUUGACCUUCAGCACGACCCAUCUACAAACUGGUUCAACACUCUUUGGGCAGACAACGGGGACGCCAUCUCGCGACAGUAUGCAGGCACCGCCGCUUUGAAGGGGGAUUUUACCCGUACGAGGAAGCGCCAGAUUACCGGAGCCCUUACCGAUUUCGGACUCACUCUUACACGGUACUACAACAACAUCGUCAACGACUUCUUUACCCAAGCUGUCAUUGACUACAUACUUGGUCGCGCCACGGAUGCCAUUUUCGCUGAAUUCGAGGCUGAUAUGAAGAGCUCGGACUAUUUUAUAGAUGUGCGCAAGGUUCGCGAGGCUGCAAUAGAACGCUGCGAAGGCAUUGUUAUUGAAGACAAAGACGAAGAUCUCAUUGCAGGAUGGACUCUGUCAGUACCAACAUCUGCUAACAAAUUGAAGACGGCGACUUUCGAAGAGGCAGUCCUCCUCCUCACGAACAAGGCGGUCUACUUCUGCCGUUUGGACUGGGGGACAGAGAAAGUGCGGGAAUUUGAGCGAAUCGACCUGGAUCUUAUCGACGGGAUUGCAAGGGGCGUGUACAUCACCAGUACCUUGGCUCAGCGUCAUACCGAUGCGAAGAAAAAUGUCGGAUUCAUUCUCCGAUAUAGAGUCCAUCCGGGGAGCGAGCUCGUCAGACGCAACACCAGGAGUAUCGAUUCCAGGGAGCGGGGCGAGCCACAAGAUAAACCUGCCAAAGGCCAGACAGAGGAUACUGGCCGCUUUUUGGCGUUCAAAGCCCUACCCCCGUGCAGCAGCGUAACCUCUGCAGAUAGCAAUGAGAUCCAAGAUGACGAGAUGAGCGUUGUGAAGGACAUUUGCGAGGAAAUUGCGAGAGUUGCGAAUAAAGCUAGACGACAUGGCCCUGCUUCCGGAGAGUCGAUUGUCUCACAGGAUAAUGGUGAUACAACAGCAACCAUACAUGAGCUGGUUGUGGAGGAAAAAGACAUCAUCAGUCUGGUGGAUGCGAAGAAAAGCACAGGGUACCUCGAACAACUGGGGUAUUCUCUCAAGAAACUGGUGUGGGCAUGA